CCUUCUUAAAAAGCAACAAAUAUCCAGUGAUUGAUUGAUCUCUCGUUACCAGCUAGAGAGAGAGUGAGAGAGAGUGUGAGAGAGAGAGAGAGAGAGAAAGGCAAGAUGCAGAUGAUAAGGGAGAGUGAGGAGGUGAUCGAGGAGGUGAGUCAGGUGGUGACUCCCCGGAGCCCGGAGGCGAAAUUGGGGAUGCAGGUGGAGGAUCUGUGGGACGUUCAGGAGCCGCAGCUCAGUCCUACUGAGAAGCUCAAUGCUUGUUUUGAAAGCAUCCCUGUCUCCGACUUCCCUCCCGCCGCUUCCAAUCAAGUGGUUGAGAUAAAAUCGGAUGCCAGUUUGGGUGAAGCUGUUAAAUUACUAUCCCAGCAUAAACUGUUAAGCGCGCCUGUCGUGGAUGUUGAUGCCCCUGAAGAUGCUAGCUGGAUUGAUAGAUACAUCGGCAUUGUGGAGUUCGCCGGAAUUGUGGUCUGGAUUCUGCAUCAGUCAGAAAAGAUGGAAGGAUUUACCAAAUGGGAUGAAGCAAUGGCUCAAUCGGAUCUCCCUCCUGCUGUUGCCGCAGCUGCUAGUGGCAUUUGUUCUCCCAGAUUCAGAAGUUUACACCCUGAGUCUCCAACAGCAACUUCUGGAAGCUUUUUUGAGGCUCUAACUUCUUCUGACCUAUAUAAGAACACAAAGGUUCUAGAUAUUGCUGGGUCAUUUCGAUGGGCUCCAUUCCUUGCAUUGCAGAAAUCAAACUCUUUCCUAACAAUGCUUCUAUUGCUAUCUAAAUAUAGAAUGAAGAGUGUUCCUGUGGUAGAUUUAGGAGAAGGAAAGAUUGAUAACAUCAUCACUCAAUCUUCUGUCUUACACAUGAUAGAAGAAUGUGCCGAUCUUCAUUGGUUCGAGAGCUGGGGUUCCAAGAAAAUAUCUGAACUUGGUCUCCCUUUAAUGAAGGCUAGUUCUAUUGUUAAGGUGAACGAGGAUGAACCAGUUCUGCAGGCCUUCAAACUAAUGAGACAAAAAGGUAUAGGUGGACUACCUGUGGUUGAAAGUGGUGGAACCAAAGCAAUUGGCAAUAUAAGCAUCAGAGAUAUUCAGUUCCUUCUGAAUGCACCUGAAAUAUAUAGGGACUUCAGAUCCAUCACUGCAAAGAACUUCUUGACUGCAAUCCGACGAUACCUUGCAGAGAAUUCCAAGGAGUCACCAAUGCUAAGCGGGAUGGUAACAUGCCGAAGAGAUGAUAGCCUUAAGUCAGUCAUCACGAAGCUCGACUCUUUGAAGAUCCAUCGGAUAUAUGUCGUGGACAACGCAGGGAAUCUAGAGGGGAUCAUCACUCUCAGAGACAUCAUCUCUAAGUUGGUACACGAACCUCGCGGCUACUUCGGGGAUUUCUUCGAUGGUGUCUUGCCACUGCCUCCAAACACCAGGGUCUGAUCCUCCAAGUUUUCAGUACUUCCUCUGAUGCAUUCUCGGAUUUUGAUCAAUUUCUCUCCUGGUGUGUGUAUGAUUCCCUUCCCUCCUUAUCUUUGUUUGUUCUAGUUAUAGGGAAGUUCCUUUGUAAUUAUUGACUGAGUAGAUCCUAAUCUUGUAUGUGUUGGACGAAAUCAUGUUGCUAUGCUUUCCCCCCCCCCUCUGUCUCCAUAUCUGUACAACUCACAUGUACGUGGACUCUGGUUUCGGGUUGCCUAAAUGCCAACCCGGACUUUAGUCCUUUGUUAUUAAUAAACAAUAAUAACAUCCUUAUGGGGAAUUUUACAAUUUUCUUUA